UCGACUGAUCCAUGGAUCUGGAGGUUUGCGGGGUUGACGGCGGGCGGCCGUAGGGGAGUCGGCUCCAGGCUGGCGAAACGGAAGCGCAGGGCUCCCAGUGAGUCUCCCUGGAUCCCACAGAUUUCAUCGCACUUGAUAGGGUCUCAGCGCGUGGCUCUGUCAUCCUCGUGCCUCGGCCUCCGGUGUUGCGUUGACAGGCUGACCUUGAGUAGGACUGAGUAGAAGGCCAGGUCGUGGCUCCUUCAGCAAGGCUCCUGAAGCAACAGAGAGACAAGGCUUAUCGGGAUGUCAGCUGUGGAAUGAGGUGAUUUCAGGAACCCCCACCUGCCUCCGCCCCCUCCAGUGCGUGGGUGCAUCAGCUGCCAUCUUUGUUGACCCAGCCAUUCCCCAGGAGGACAAUGACCAAGGUCAAGGAGAUGGUGACGUUCAGGGACGUGGCCGUGGUCUUCAGCGAGGAGGAGCUGGGGCUGCUGGACGCUGCCCAGAGGAAGCUGUACCACGACGUGAUGCUGGAGAACUUGAGGAUGCUGCUCUCAGUGGGAGGCAAGAAUGUAGAGGAGAUGGAGUCUCUUGAGGAAGCGGGAUUGAGGCACCUGCCACACGAGGAGCUUUUCUGCUCACAAAUCUGGCAGCAAGUUACAAGGGAGUUAACCAAGGCUCGAGAGUGCAGAGCAAGCGUCGGGGAAACUGGCUCUCGGUUGAAACGAGAUGAAGUGCGUCGUGCAGACGAAGAAUACAGCAAGCAUUCGGGUCAGAAAUCACGGCUCCAACGCCACUGCGGAUUAAACGGUGGUGAAGAACCUUACGGAGAGGACAGGAGCGAGAAAGACUCCUGGGACUCCCCACUUCAGGCUAACGGGCGACUCCCCGAAGGAGAGAAGAGGUAUAGAUGUGAAAAAUGUGACCACUCCUUCUGUCGGUUAUCGGGUCUCGAAGCCCAUCAGGUGAGGCACACCGGAGAGAAACCGUACAAGUGUGAGGAGUGUGGCAAGGGCUUCACUCGGGCCUCCACCCUUCUGGACCAUCAGAAAGGCCACGCUGGAAACAAGCCCUAUCAGUGCAAUGCUUGCUGGAAGAGUUUCUGUCACAGCUCGGAGUUUAACAAUCACAUACGAGUCCACACGGGAGAGAAACCCUACGUAUGCGAGGAGUGUGGGAAAGGCUUCAGCCAGGCCUCGCAUCUUCUGGCCCAUCAGAGAGGCCACACCGGAGAGAAGCCCUACAAAUGUAGCACGUGUGGGAAGGGCUUCAGCCGGAGUUCAGAUCUUAACGUUCACUGUAGAAUCCAUACGGGAGAGAAACCCUAUAAGUGUGAGACGUGUGGGAAAGCCUUCAGUCGAGUCUCAAUUUUCCAAGUGCACCAGAGGGUCCACAGUGAAGACAAACCGUACAAGUGCACAGAGUGUGGGAAGGGCUUCACUGUGGAGUCACACCUUCAAGCACACCAGAGGUCCCAUACCGGAGAGAGACCCUAUCAGUGUGAGGAGUGCGGUAGAGGCUUCUGUCGGGCGUCCAAUUUUCUAGCUCACCGUGGAGUCCACACAGGAGAGAAACCGUAUCAAUGUGACGUAUGCGGAAAACGCUUCCGGCAGAGGUCGUACCUCCAUGACCACCAGAGGAUCCACACUGGAGAGAAACCCUACAGAUGCGAGGAGUGUGGAAAAGUCUUCAGUUGGAGCUCCUACCUCAAAGCCCACCAGAGAGUUCACACGGGAGAGAAACCGUACAAGUGCGGGGAGUGUGGGAAGGGCUUCAGCUGGAGCUCAAGUCUCUUAAUUCACCAGCGGGUCCACGCUGACGAUGAGGGGCAGAAGGAUUGGCCUGGAUCAGAAGGCUCACAGGGGAAACAAACUCUGUAAUGUUUUAUAGUUCGAUAUUUCAAAUGGAAGCUGAAAGGUCCCAGUUCUUAGAGUUCUCAAGGGAGACAAAGGGGUCGUAGUAUCAGUAUUUUGACUGGAACAGGAUGCCUUAGGAUAAUGGGGAGACUACAAAGCAGAGAAGCUUUCUAAAUUGGAGCCGUGUAGACUUCAGUCAGAACCUUGCCCUUUAACACAUGGAGACAGUAGCUGCGUGAAGUUGAGUGUGAACUGGAGGUAUCUCAACGGAAGGGACCAGAUCUGUUCCACGGGAGCAACUUUCUUACACUGCUGGUUGCAACCUCAUGUGGGGCUUCAUAACCAUAAGUGACAGUCACAAGACAUUUAGGGAUGCUACAAGCUUUCUGCAUAUCCGGUGACCAACCCCUCAGAAUUCAACAGGUGAUAAAUCCGAGGGGCUUCUGGCAGCUCUUACCCAUGCUGCAACUGUGUGACUUCACUACAGCCGUCCUCAGAACACACAGCGUGAAACCUUACAUGUUGCCAUCACCACACCCAGGACCAUGGGCACUGCUCGAAGUCUCUCUGCUCAGGGCCAGCACUGUUGUCUGUUACAAAUUGCACUGCUUUGUACUGUACACAUUUCCUGCUCUUCCUGAAGCAAACGCUGUGCUUACACUACUUGUCUGUUCUCACUCUUCAGUGCUUGUUAAGCAUCGAGCUAGUUUUAGUUUACCUGCAGAUUUUGCUGUGUCUCAGCGUGGUUUUAAGCGUCCCCGUUACUCCCCUACAGAAAGGGUUCCACGGAACUACUAUGCAAAUUUGGUUUGUGAUUAAUAAAUUAUCACUUAUUGAAGCUGUUUCAAAACA